CAGCCUCCCGCCCGCCCGCUGCGCGUUUUGUCCCGCGUCUCGCCCCGUCCGUCUCCUGACUCGCUGCUCUUGUCCUUCCCUCCCGCUUUUUUCUCCUCUCUUCUCGGUCUAAAGAUGCCCUCGGCCACCAGCCACAGCGGAAGCGGCAGCAAGUCGUCGGGACCGCCGCCGCCGUCCGGGCCCUCCGGGAGUGAGGCUGCGGCCGGGGCAGCUGCGCCGGCUUCUCAGCAUCCGGCAACCGGCACCGGCGCGGUCCAGACCGAAGCCAUGAAGCAGAUUCUCGGGGUGAUCGACAAGAAACUUCGGAACCUGGAGAAAAAAAAGGGAAAGCUUGAUGAUUAUCAGGAACGAAUGAACAAAGGGGAAAGGCUCAAUCAAGAUCAGCUGGAUGCUGUAUCUAAGUACCAGGAAGUCACAAAUAAUUUGGAAUUUGCAAAGGAAUUACAGAGGAGUUUCAUGGCACUAAGUCAGGAUAUUCAGAAAACCAUAAAGAAGACUGCACGUCGGGAGCAGCUUAUGAGAGAAGAAGCAGAGCAGAAGCGCUUAAAAACUGUUCUUGAGUUACAGUACGUACUGGAUAAACUGGGAGAUGACGAAGUCAGAACUGAUCUGAAACAAGGCUUGAACGGAGUGCCAAUACUGUCUGAAGAAGAACUGUCAUUGUUAGAUGAGUUCUACAAGUUAGUAGACCCCGAGCGGGACAUGAGUCUAAGGUUAAAUGAGCAGUAUGAACAUGCCUCCAUUCACUUGUGGGACUUGCUGGAAGGGAAAGAAAAGCCUGUAUGUGGAACAACCUAUAAAGCACUAAAGGAAAUUGUUGAGCGUAUGUUUCAAUCAAGCUACUUUGACAGCACUCACAGCCAUCAGAAUGGGCUGUGUGAGGAGGAAGAGGCAGCCUCAGCACCUACAGUGGAAGACCAGGUAGCUGAAGCUGAACCUGAGCCAACAGAAGAAUACACGGAGCAAAGUGAGGUUGAAUCAACAGAGUAUGUCAAUAGACAAUUCAUGGCAGAAACACAGUUCACCAGUGGUGAGAAGGAGCAAGUAGAUGAGUGGGCAGUUGAGACAGUUGAGGUGGUAAACUCACUCCAGCAGCAGCCUCAGGCUGCAUCUCCGUCAGUACCAGAAGCCCACUCUUUGGCUCCAGUGGCUCAGUCAGAUCCCCUUGUGAGACGGCAGCGAGUUCAAGAUCUAAUGGCCCAAAUGCAGGGGCCCUAUAAUUUCAUACAGGAUUCAAUGUUGGAUUUUGAAAAUCAGACGCUUGAUCCUGCCAUAGUUUCAGCACAACCUAUGAACCCUACCCAAAACAUGGAAAUGCCUCAGCUUGUUUGCCCUCCGGUUGCAGUUCAUUCUGAAUCUAGACUUGCCCAACCGAAUCAAGUUCCUGUCCAAGCAGAAGCCACACAGGUUCCUUUGGUUUCGUCCACAAGUGAGGGGUAUACAGCGUCUCAACCCUUGUACCAACCUUCGCAUGCUACAGAGCAGCGGCCACAAAAGGAGCCAAUGGAUCAGAUUCAGGCAGCAAUAUCUUUAAAUACAGACCAGACUACAGCAUCACCAUCCCUUCCUGCUGCUUCUCAGCCUCAAGUGUUCCAGACUGGGACAAGUAAACCUCUGCAUAGCAGUGGAAUAAAUGUAAAUGCGGCUCCAUUCCAAUCCAUGCAAACGGUGUUCAAUAUGAAUGCCCCAGUUCCUCCUGUUAAUGAACCAGAAACCUUGAAACAACAGAAUCAGUACCAGUCUAGUUACAAUCAGAGUUUUCCCAGUCAGCCUCACCAAGUGGAGCAAACAGAGCUUCAACAAGAUCAGCUGCAAACAGUGGUUGGCACUUACCAUGCUUCCCAGGACCAGCCCCAUCAAGUGCCUGGCAACCACCAGCAGCCCCCCCAGCAGAACUCUGGGUUUCCACGCAGCAGUCAGCCUUACUACAACAGUCGUGGAGUAUCCCGAGGAGGAUCUCGUGGUGCCAGAGGCUUAAUGAAUGGAUACAGGGGCCCUGCCAAUGGAUUUAGAGGAGGAUAUGAUGGUUACCGCCCUUCGUUCUCGAACACUCCAAACAGUGGUUACACACAAUCUCAGUUCAGUGCUCCCCGGGACUACUCUGGCUACCAGCGGGAUGGAUAUCAGCAGAAUUUCAAGCGAGGCUCUGGGCAGAGUGGACCACGGGGAGCCCCACGAGGUCGUGGAGGGCCCCCAAGACCCAACAGAGGGAUGCCGCAAAUGAACACUCAGCAAGUGAAUUAAUGUGAUUCACAGGAUUAUGUUUAAUCGCCAAAAACACACUGGCCAGUGUACCAUAAUAUGUUACCAGAAGAGUUAUUAUCUAUUUGUUCUCCCUUUCAGGAAACUGAUUGUAAAGGGACUGUUCAUCCCAUAAAGACAGGACUACAAUUGUCAGCUUUAUAUUACCUGGAUAUGGAAGGAAACAAUUUUUACUCUGCAUGUUCUGUCCUAAGCGUCAUCUUGAGCCUUGCACACAAUACUCAGAUUUCUCACCCUUGCUUAGGAGUAAAACAUUAUAUUCUUACAGGGUGAUAAUAUCUCCACAGUUAUUUGAAGUGGCUUGGGGAAAAAAAAGCAAGUUUGACUUUUUGAUAAUGGAUAAAAUCUACAAUCAGCCCUAGAAUUAGUCAGUGGUAAUCGACAAAGUUAAAGCAUUUUCCUUGAAAGGAAGAUGAAAGGAGUGGAGUGUAGUGUGGCAAAGCAACUACAUUUCACAGCUUGUCCCGUUAAAUUGGAGCGCCGACUGAUUAGAAGCAUACCAAAUGAUGCUUGGGUCCUUAAUCACACAAGUGAGGCUGUCCACCAGCCUUGCCGCAGCACCAGUCAUCUGGCCAAACGACUGUGAUUCCAAAACACAUGUAAAUUACUUUUCAAUAGUGGAUAUGGUAUAAGACAAAGCCAAAAUGCAAAUUAGACUUAGAGUGGCUCUUCUGGAAAAAUAUGCAACAAAUACGGGGUAUGAUCUGGAUGAGUUGCUUCUGUACUCAAUGUGAACUAUUUAGAUACCUUUUGAACACUUAACAGUUUCUCGGGAACAGUGACUUACAUGAGGAUGGUACUGCUUGUCAUUCCUCACAAUAAUGUGCAUUGUCAUCACUAAUCCUUGGAUCUUGCUGUAUUGUUACCUAAAUUGGUAUAGGUACUGAUGGAAAUCUCUAAUGGAUGGAUAAUCAUAACACUUAUGGUCACAUGUUUUUCUCCUGCAGCCUGAAAGUUCUUAAAAGAAAAAGAUCAAAUGCCUGCUGCUACCACCCUUUUAAAAUUGCUAUCUUUUGAAAAGCACCAGUUUGUGUUUUAGAUCAAUUUCCCUAUUUUAGGGAAAUGACAAGACCGUAGUUUCAGUUCUGAUGGUAUAAGCAAAACAAAUAAAACAUGUUUCUAAAAGUUGUAUCUUGAAACACUGGUGUUCAACAGCUAGCAGGUGAAGUGAUUCACCCCAAGCACUGUUAGUGUCACAGACAUUGUGGUUAUAUCCAGCAGCUGGUUCUGAAAAGAGUUUCACUUUUGUCUAAUUUAAGCCUAAUUGAAUUCUCCUUUUCUUGUUGAGACAUUUACGUUCAAAGUGUUGGUUCUUUGCCUUAGAUUCACAGGGAGAGUGUACAGUUGGAUGGAGAUGGACUUUUAGCAGUGUUUAGCAGCCAUAUGUUCUGUGUUGGGUUUUGUGCUAGCAGUUUGAGCACUAGUUCUGUGUGCCUAUGAACUUAAUGCUGCUUGUUGUCCCACUGCAUUUUACUUCGUGGAGAACUCAUUCCUCGUGUUAAGCAAAGGCUACUAAGUUAAUGUUACUUUCUGUACAGAAAUUAAAACGUACUUUUAGCCUUUAGCAAACAUUUUUUCCCCCAGGCAGACAAUUAGCUACUCAAAAACAAAACAAAAUUAUUCUCACACAUUCAUCAUUAGACAACUGGAGUUUUUGCUGGUUUUGUUGCCUAUUAAAAAUGGUUAGGCUGUUGAACAUUCCACAUUCAAAAGUUUUGUAGGGUGGUGGAUAAUGGGGAAGCUUCAAUGUUUAUUUUAAAAUAAAUAAAAUAAGCUCUCGACUUUUCUCCUGUGUGGUUGUGGUACAUCAUAUUGAAAGGGUAUCAGUUUGCUUUUGCCAAGAGUAUUUUGUCAGCACCUCCCCUUGUGUGCUUUAAAUGACAUCUGCCUGGGAUGUACCACAACCAUAUGUUAGCUGUGUGUUAGUGGGAUGCAUAAACCCUGAUGGACUGCUGGAUAAUCCCUGGGUGAUGGGCUUUUGAAGUACUGUAGAGAACUAAAUUUGAUAUGUGUAGAAAAUAAUUUCAUGAUAUUUAGAAAGCAAAAUCAAAGUAAAAUAAGUUCUUCAGUAUUGAAUUUGAGUUGUGAUGUGAAUGUGAAGAAUAUGUUCUGUUUCAGACUUCUACACAUAGUGUAGAGCAGAAUAUGUACAAUGUAGUUUGACGACCUCUAUUUAAGAGUUGUUUAAUCCUUUCAAGACACCAUCUAAUUAGGUGUUAUUCUACCAUUACAUGUUUAAUGUGUAAAACUUUUUAAUGUCUGAAUUCGGACUUUUUUUUUUUUUUAAAGGAAUGCCUCACUAGACAGAACUACUAAAGGAGUUCCGUUAAGACCUGAGUUUUGAUACUCAGUAUCUUGUGUAAUAUGCAAAUACUUGUCUAGAUGCAGAAGAUCUUUGUUUGGUCAAAUGUGUAUUUUAGCAGAGUACAGGGAAAUGAUUGCCACACAUGUCUCUCAGUGUAGUAAGAAUAUAAAAGAUCUUGUACAUGCAAAAUUACCAAUAUGUAUAUAUGCUACAUGUAUAAUGAAAAUGCUACCCCCCCCCAAAAAAAAAACGAGUUAACUCUUAAGGUAGCAUGUCAUUGGUUACUUUUUGGUUAGCGCUAUUUUGUUAGCAGCCCCUAGAUAUUCCUCAAAGAAGAGUUUUUCUUCUUUUGAUCGUUUCUUGACAUUAAAACACACAUAACCUUA